AUGGGAGCGGCUUUGCUCCAAACCCCAGAAGUGGCAAUGGAUAUUCUGAAGACACUCACUCGAAAUGUUCCUUUCCCGGUGACGUGUAAAAUUCGCCUGUUGGAUACAAUGGAAGAGCUUCGACGCUUCAUUUGCUUCUACAGAAACGUCACGAACGACCAGCGCAUAGGGCAAACUGGCAAGCCUUUCCGAAGCUUUGCAUUUUUGGUUGAAUGGUCUUUGAAACGCAUGACGAUAUUUCGAGGUUCACCUUUUUUCUAUCUUGUGCCGACGCAGGUACUGCAAAGUGCGCUAAAAAUUCCGCUGAUCGCCAAUGGGGAUUUCUUAUCCCCUGAAGAUGCAAUUCGUUUUCAGGCAGUGCUGUGCGGAGCCCCCUAUCAAUCGAUAAAGUUUACCCUUCAGGAAAUGACAGCGCGGGAUAGUGAUCGGGAUCUCAAGCUGGAUUUGGUUGCGGCGAAUUCGACAGCAAAGAUUUGCACUGUGUUUGGACUAGAUGGCUUCUACAACAGCAUCAAUCAUGUACCACAUAGUAAUACACUCAACUACUACAAGUAUAUAGACCUCUAA